AUGACGGUGAUGAUUCCGCCAAUAGAGGGAGAGGAGUAUCCGCACUGGAUUGACGUUUGGACUAGUUAUGUGCAUCCCAUUGCCGCAUUCCGCACCGAGAGUGGCUAUACCGGGAUGAACAUCAGCUUACAGUCGAGCGAGUGCUGCAAUUCCCAGCUACCAGGCUCUUUGCCAGCCAACAUCAGGCCUUUGAGCUGGACUUUGGUGGUCGAGGACUGGGGGCCUGCCAAAACCAAUGAGACCGGGGCCGCAUCGCCAGAUACAAUGAAGGUCACUCUGCCCGCCCUUCAUCUACCUAAAUUAGCGCCCUGA